GACACAAUCUCUCUAGCCAGAGAUUUCUUUAUGUUGCUGUAUCACAUUCUACCAGUAUGUUGGGAAAAAUUCUACUCUGUAGCUGUUUCCUUGCCCCAGUUGUGAGCGCAGAUCUCUGCAGACCAGGAGCCCCAGAAGCUUUUAAAGUGCGAUUUAAUCUCAAAGCAGCACUGGGAGAGAAAGCAUACACAUGGAACUCAGAUGAGGAGUAUCUCUUUAAAGCAGUAAUGGCUUUUACUAUGAGGAGUUACACAAACAAUGAUGCAUUUGAGAUCUCGAAUAUUGUACUCUGCAAUAUUACAAAGAGGGUCUCAUUUUGGUUCCUGGUUACAUCUCCUGUUAAUUCCUCAGCCCCUGUUCCAAGUCUCACUGUAGAACAUGCCAUCAGAAAUGAAAGGAACAGGAUAAACAGUGCAUUUCUGCUGGAUGAUAAAACCUUGGAGUUUCUGGAAAUUCCUCCUACGAUGGCUUCCAUUGUUAAUAAUAAUAAAGAGUCAUGGCUGAUUGCAUUUGGAGUCGUAGUAGGUCUUUUAGCAAUUGCAGCCUUGCUCCUCUUAGGGUCAGGAAUUCAAAAUUACAGGAGAAGGAAGACAGUACAGGAAAACCUGGACGAGAUCACAGAAUAUCAAGACCAAACGACGUCUGGAACAACAAACGAAUAUGUACUUGCCAGCAGUAACCGUGCUUUUACAGAUGAUGAGACUUGUGAAGAUGUGCUCACACAGUUCUAAACGUUUGUAAGAAGAACAGUUGGUAGAGAACUCAAAAUGAGGUUAAAAAUGUGACUGUCAAAGCUGUUAAUGCAUCUACUUGGUUAUGAGUACAUCAGAAUACCAUCAGGAAAAGCCAGCAUGUAAAUUGAAUAAUAGGGAUUUACGUAAAAAAUAUAUAUAUAUUUUUGUAUUGCUUGUACUCCAAACUGGUUUAUAAAUUGUAUU